UGCAGCUCGGUGUGCAGUGUGACAGCGGCUUGUCUGAAUUUAUUUCAGUCGGGGACGAGAGAGAAAUUUGGAGGAAGGAAUAAGGCGGAUAUCGGUGCCCGCUCUCUUAUGCAGUUUUGAAGAAGACGCCCCCUCCCCGCACCUGUUCUGUUUCGUCUUGUUGCCGUCUCGUCGCAGGAGUUGCGCCUCUUGCGAGUGAGCGGACGUCGCUUCUCAUUGUUAGAUAGACGUUGUUUUCAGCAUGACUUCGGCGUACGACCUGGAUUUCCACCCUCUGGCCGAAACUCGUUUAAUGGCUUCGAGCGACACCGUCAACGGCAACGGCAGCAAGAUGAACGGGUCGCUUGAGCAAUUAGACCAGCCGGACCUAGACUCCAUCAAGAUGUUUGUGGGACAGAUCCCGCGUUCCUGGUCAGAAACAGAACUUAAAGAGCUUUUUGAGCCCUUUGGAGCUGUGCACCAGAUCAACAUCCUACGUGAUCGCACCCAGAAUCCCCCUCAGAGCAAAGGAUGCUGUUUUGUAACUUUUUAUACAAGAAAGGCUGCACUGGAGGCCCAGAAUGCACUGCACAACAUAAAGACUUUAAGUGGGAUGCAUCAUCCUAUCCAGAUGAAACCUGCUGACAGUGAGAAAACAAGUGCGGUAGAAGACCGGAAACUUUUCAUUGGAAUGAUUUCAAAGAAAUACGGCGAGAACGAGAUCAGAAUGAUGUUCGCAUCUUUCGGACAGAUGGAAGAGUGCCGAAUUCUCCGGGGACCAGAUGGUCAGAGCAGAGGCUGUGCGUUUGUCACAUUUGCUACCAGGGCAAUGGCACAGAAUGCAAUCAAAACCAUGCAUCACUCUCAGACUAUGGAGGGCUGUUCCUCACCUUUAGUGGUGAAGUUUGCCGACACACAGAGAGAUAAGGAGCAGCGGCGCCUGCAGCAACAGCUGGUGCAGCAGAUCCAGCAGCUCAACAGCGCCUCCACCUGGGGAAACUUGGCCGGGCUGGGGACCCUCACACCACAGUACCUGGCAUUGCUCCAACAGGCCACAUCUACCAGUAACCAAGGGAGUUUCAAUAAUAUGCAGAGGCUAGGAGCAGGCAUGAACCCCCUUCAGCUGCAGAAUUUGGCCACAUUAGCUGCCGCUGCAGCUGCAGCCCAGAGCUCUGGCAGCCCGAACUCCACCAGCACCAUGUCUGCAAACAGUGCAGCCCUGGGAGCCCUGGCCAGUCCAGUCGGUUCAACAGCAGCGUCCAGCGCGGGUGCUGCCAUGAACACCUUGGCAUCUCUGGGCACGCUGCAGGGUCUCACUGGCAGCUCUAUGGGCCUCAACCUCAACGCUCUUACCAACAGCAUCAGUGGUAUGGGGGCCAUGAAUGGAGGCCUGGGAGGCUCCAUGGCCAACGGAUCAGCAGCCAGCUCCAUGGACGCUCUGACCCAGGCCUACUCAGGGAUGCAGCAGUACACCGCCUCCGCCCUGCCCUCCCUCUAUGGCCAGUCUCUCCUCCAGCAGAGCAUUGCUGGCGGCCAGAAGGAAGUAGGGCCAGAGGGCGCCAACCUUUUCAUCUACCACCUGCCCCAGGAGUUUGGGGACCAGGAUCUGCUGCAGAUGUUUAUGCCUUUUGGAAAUGUGGUUUCUGCCAAAGUCUUCAUUGACAAGCAGACCAAUCUGAGCAAGUGCUUUGGGUUUGUCAGCUAUGACAAUCCUGUGUCCGCGCAAGCUGCCAUCCAGGCCAUGAAUGGUUUCCAGAUCGGAAUGAAGAGGCUGAAGGUUCAGCUGAAGCGAUCCAAGAACGACAGCAAACCCUACUGAUCCUAGCCCUGGGGCCUCCCCCCCCACCCCAGCUCUAAUACUAGCACUGCUAGGAACAAAUCUCCAUGCCUGUUUGCUCAUCAUUAGCCUAGCAUGUCUUCAUGAUGUUGAAAGCCAAGCCAAACUCCUGGCCUCAUCAUCCCACCAUUGUCUGUGAUGUCUCUCUAAGCUCGCCUGACCAAUACCUGGCCACCCACUGACCCUUGACCUUAGCUCAACCUGAUUUUUCUGCAUGUAUAUUCAUUUUGUCAAGUUUUUUUCUGUAUAGAAAUGUGACAAGUGGGAGAGAGGUCAAGCAAAUCAAUGUGAAAAAUUGCCUGCGUGCAUUCAUUUAAGAACUUUUUUCGAAUGUUUUUCCUUUUUUGCGACUGUUUUAAAAACCAACCUGUGGGAUUUCGUAUUUUUAAUUUUGCUUUGUUUUUUUUUGUUUCUUUUUACCUCUCUCAGUAAAAUUCACUUGAAAGUUGAAUACAGGGAUUGGCACAUGGCUGUGCUAUUUGGUGCCAUUAGCAAUAUGUUGGCUUCUUUAAAAAAAAAAAAAAGGAAAAUAAAAAGCAAAUGCUACAGACCACUUUUCAACACUUUUGAAAGUCUGACCAGUAAAACCCCUCUCAGUGCUCUGUAAUGAUCUCUAGUACACUUUGCGGGCAGUGUGAAGAUUUACACCAAGGCUAUUUAAAAAUAUAUAUUUUCUUUUCAUUUACAAAAAUUCAGUGUAUUUACCUUUUUUGAACUAUUGAUGGCACAAUAAAAGGUACAUUUGCUCUAUUUAGAGAAAUGACUACCUACAUGAGUCAACUUUUUUAGAACUGAUUCACAAAUAGACAAUCUGUGGUUUAAAUGCACACUUAGAUUACCUAUAUUUUAUACCAUUGAAUCUAUAGAAGUUUAACUAACAGAACCCAGGCAAAACUUUGGGUUUUUUGUAGAUUAGGUUGUAAUGUCAUCUGAGUGUGUGGGGGUGUGUGUGUGUGUGUGAGUGGACUAAAAUCUGUUUGAUCAGCGUGACCGUUUGAGAUUCAUUUCUAGUAAAUUAAAAACACUUUAAGUAUAAAAAUUCCUCUGCAUUAAUUGUAAUUUCAACAUCUGUGAAAAUAUAAAAAAAAAUUCCAUAAGAGUCACAGUAUGUAGACUUAAUUUUCUUUUCAGCGUUAAAGAAAAAUUUAGUUUUCAACUUCCACGGUACGUCUUGUUGGCUUUCUGUGAGUUUGUGAUUAAUAAUUGAAUUAAUGGAUGUUUCACUUUGGUUUAGUUUGGAUGCCGCAUGUUGAAAGAUGAUUACAAUGUCUGUUAAUCAUACAGAUGCCAGACAAUGUCUUUUUGUUCUAAUUUGAUGUUAAAGUGCCCAUGUGUCAAACUCAGUGUUUUUGAAUUUACACAUUUUUUUUCCCUGUAAUAUUACCUAGUUUACUUUAUACACACACACACACACACACACAACACUUUGUGGUUGCAAAUGUGGGAGCCCCUGAAGAAGAGAUCACUUGGACACAACACACAAUCUCUGCACAUUUUAUAGACACACAUACACUCUUGCUUUUUUACUUUUGCCGAUUGUUCUUUUUAGUGACUUCCAGUAUCAUAUUUCAGUCGUACACGAUGCACAGCACAUCAAUACUAAAUCCACCACAAAUAGUGUUGGUUUACAAAUACAUUCCAUUUUUUCAACACAAAGUUUACAUUUAGUUCGGGGGGUGGUAUUUUGUCUGUUGUACUACACGUUGAGACAACCCUGGUAAAAUAACCACUUCACUCCCAAAGAAGGGUUCCCUAAAACUGCGUACCUGGUGGCGCUAAAAAGUUGUCAACUCAGGGGCUUUUUUUGUGUGUGAAACUAGACACUCGCACAAGAUUACAACAAAAAUGCACAAUUAUUCACCAUUUGACCUUUUCGGUUUGGAUUUUUCUUUUCUCAAAAUACAUAAAUAUUCCAAAAGAAAUAUAUAUAAUGGUACCAAAUUUGAAACUGAAAGUGCUCGAGGAAAGUGUUGUGGUUUUGUAAGGAAACAUUAAGCACAAUUGUGGGAGCUAAUCACUUUUGCAGAAUGGUGUGUGUGUGAUUAUAAUCUCCAAAUUUAAGGUACCACUGAUUUAACUUUUUAAUAUGGGCAUGUGCUUUUUACAGUGUUUUUUCUAUCCAAAUGCAAUACAAUAUUCAAAGUGCCAUAUAUACGUCUAGAAACUGCCUACACAUCCUUAUCAGGCCUUGGUUUAGAGAUUGCUGCAGUUCGCCUUUUUUGUCUAUUUAUGCCAGUGUAAUCAAAAACUCGUCACCUGCUCGUGUCUCCCCUUCCCCCACUCCCCCCUCUUGUGUGUUGAGUUAUUGGUAAAUGUGUGUUGUGAUGUACUCAAUUUGAACAGUUGGUUAAAAGAAAUUCUAGAUAAACAAUAAACUUCCCUAUACAUUUGAAGUUUAAACCUCUUUCUUAGUGAGUGUCAACACGUGUAUUGUAACACUUUACAUAAAAACGAUGGGUGACCAGAUGUGUCGGGAAAAUCUAAGUAAAAAAAUGAUCUUAAAGUCAAGUUAACAAAAAACGGCUUGAAUGCCAUGUUAAGCUCUUGAAAUGAUAAAAAUGUGUGUCAAACACUGAAAUGGUUGCAGAUCUGUGGUUAGUAUGCAGUGUAUGGUAAAGUGUUGCUGUGAAUGAAUAAAAAAGCACAAUGUACAGUCCACAGCGGUUCUAACAGGAACUUGACUCACUUCAGGGGCUUCCAUCACACAUCCCGUUCAAGCUCUAACAAUCACUUUUUUUGUUCCGUUUUCAUAUUCUGAAGUGCUAUUUUUUGACAAGUGUGGUAGCUUUGCAUCUCUAUAGAUAUUGUCUUGAUCCAAAAGAAAAGAGGGAAAAAAUAAAUCUUUUCCUGUGUUUUUCCUUGUCUGAUAAUCGGUAGGACUUUGUUCAUGUUCCACCAAUAAGUUAAUAGAUGUUUUAUCUUGUCUUGAUGAAAGCCAAAGUGGGUGCAUUUGGAUGUGAUCUGUAAUAUGCAUACAGUCCGGUUUCUUUCUUUUUUUUCUUCAGUCAAUAUCUUUUUUUUUUUUUAAACUGGGUGGGAUUAAGAAAAGAAAAAAAAGACAUGCACAGGCUUUCCAAUUUCUACAACUGGUUGUUCAUAUGUAUUUUGUACCAGUGAAGCUUUUUAUAUUGGAAAUUAAAGGAAAAAAAAAAUCUAUAUUGGGAAAAAAAAAAGAAUUGUCUGGCCUCUCAAUGUGGCCUCGCCUUGACCAGGUCUCGAGUUUGGCCUCUUGGUGGUGUCAAGCAAUUUUUUUUUUUUUGUGUGUGUGUUUUGUUUUUUUGUCCCUAAAAGAUGCCUGAUUUAGAUUAUACUCGAAUCUCUGUUUCUCUAUUCGUUAAUUAGUUUCCGUUCCGGGGGGGGGGGGGGGGUCUUCUAAAUCGUGGUAAGUUUCAUGUUAGUAUUUGUGCUGUCCACAUAGUUUAAUGGUCAACAGGAUUUCAACAACUUCUGUGGAGAAUUGUCUUAGUUGAAGAGUUAACUGUUUAGUUUGAGCCUUGCUUUUUACCUGUGUAGAGUUUUCAGUUUUUUUCCCAUAGCGGGGUGUGUAGCCUAAAGACUGUUCUUUUUUUGGUCAAUGUUUGUUCAUGUGUGGUGUGUUUCUUUGCCUCUGUCUCCAAAUUAAACCAUUUCCCCUAA